AUGGAAGGUGUUGGAAGAAGUGGAAGUGGGAAGAUGAAGAAUAACAAUAAGAAAGGAGUAGUGUUGUUGGAAGGGUAUGUUGAUGAAGAUAUUUGUAGGACGAAAAGCCUAACAGAUGAGGAUCUUGAUGAGUUGAAGGGAUGUUUAGAUCUUGGUUUUGGGUUCAGUUAUGAUGAGAUACCUGAACUAUGUAACACACUCCCAGCACUUGAGUUGUGUUAUUCAAUGUCAAACAGUACUUGUUCUCCUGAUUGGAAGAUCUCAAGUCCAGGUGAUCAUCCUGAAGAUGUUAAAGCAAGAUUGAAAUAUUGGGCACAGGCUGUUGCGUGUACUGUUAAACUAUGCAGCUAG